GCUAGGAAAGAUGGAAUCUCAGCCCUGAUCCCAGGGGUCAUCCCAGGAACCUAGAUCCAAAUACUUCACUUCCUCCGAAGGCUAGACCUGCUGUUGGGGGGCUGUAGGGUGAAGAUGGGGUUCCGGCUAGGCACCCUAUCCAGAGGUACCUUGAGUCCGAGUGUGGGAGCUCCCCCCCUCCCCGGCUCCUUGGAGGUGGAGACAUCACGCACUGUCUGGGUGUAAGCUCAGCGAUCUGGCCUGGGGUGGAGGGAGGAAGGAAGAAGAGCCCUCCCCCCUCCAGCUCCCCCUCCCUUUUCAGCCCUGGAUAUAAGCCCCGGAGGGAAAGCCCUGAGCUGAGUAGGCCACAGCCUGACCUGCAGCAGCCCAGCCCUUGGGACUCCUCUCGUCUUCCAUCUCCUGAUCAUCUCUGCCUCUGGAGCUGUCGCUAUGGUGACGGUGCGCAGGCCGUGGCCCGCCAUGGCUACAGUGCUGCUGGCCCUGCUCUUCUGCCUGGGGGCGCUGGUCGACGCCUACCCCGCCAAACCCGAGGCUCCCGGCUCACACGCCUCGCCGGAGGAGCUGAAGCGCUACUACCUCUCUCUGCGCCACUUCCUCAACCUGGUCACUCGGCAGAGGUACGGGAAACGUGACAUCUCGGAAGCCCUCCUCUCCAAACUGCUCUUCCCCGAUCCCGAGGACCGGCCCGUCAAGUCGCGGCCAGAAGGCGCCUACCUGUGGUGAAGACCCCCAAGGCCUCCUGAGAGACACGCUGAUUCACCAACCUCAUUUGCAUGUUUGCUCCUGACCCCGGAACCUGGAUUCCUCUCCCGCUUGCUGCGUCUGGGGAUGGUUCGGGUGGGGUCCUCAUUCCACUUCUCGGUACCCCCGCCCCUGGGCUGAAGGGCUGUGUGUGGUCCUUCCUUGGUCCCUAAAUAAAAAGCAAAUUUCACUGA